AUAUUUUCUUUUUGACAUGCAUUCUUUUCUUUUUUUUGGUGAACUAAUUUGUUAUUGCACAAAAUGCUCAUUUAGUUCAAGCAUAUUUUCCCAAUUCCUAAAUUCUGAAACUGAGCUUAUUGUACUAUUGUGUGUCUUUUGACUUGCCUCUCUCUGCUUUCUUGUCUUUCCACUCACCCCCGAUUAUUUGUGGCAGCUGGUGCCACAAAUGUACUUGUGAAGCUUAGGCAGUGGGAGAGAUAGAGAAAAGACUUGUUAGCUUCACAGUUUCAUGAAACUAUUCUUUAAAUUUAAAGCUUCAGGACUGUAGCUGAUUUACUGUACAUUUUGUACACAUGACGACUGAGGAAACAACCUGUCUUUAUCUGCUGGAGAGUUUAAAAAAGACCUCCGGAAGUCCAUGCCACAGAACAAGAUAUUGUCAAGCACGUAAAACAAACCACAUUUUAACAGAAACCUUUUAAGUCUUCACACACUGUUCAUCACAUUGCUCUUUAACAACAUCCUCUCUGGUGGCAACUUCAUCCACGACAUCAGCUGCAUCAUCAAAGAUAAUCAUCAGAGAGUGGAAGGUUUGCUGCUCAGCUGCAAUUCAGUUCAUAAAGGAGGAAGAAACUUCAUCAUGAACGCAUCAAAUGUCAUGACAGAGGACCGGGUUUAUGCUGGGGUCUUUGGCUGCAUUAUGGUGAUAGGUCUGCCUCUCAAUGCAGCAUCACUGUGGAUUCUUCUUCGCCGCCACAGCCUCAAAUCGCCCAACGCUGUCUUCAUGGUCAACCUGGCACUCUCAGACCUGCUAGUCAUCAUCUCUUUGCCCAUGAGGAUCUACUUUCACGCCACCCGUGAAUGGCCUCUGAGCAAUAUGGCGUGCCUCAUCAUCACAAUGCUUUUUCGCAACAACCUCCGCUCCAGCACAUUUUUCAUCACUUUCAUCAGCGUGGACAGACUUCUGGCUGUGGUUUAUCCUCUGAGGUCACGCCAUCUUCGAACUUCAUCUAAUGCCUGGAAAGGAGCAGCAAUGGUCUGGCUAUUUGUGCUGGUAUUGAAUGUUCCAGAGACUUUGGACUUUCUAAAAAAUGCAAACCACAGUAGUUGUUUUGAUUUCAGUCCUGAAUGGAGACCAGGUUUAACUAAAGAUAUAGCAUUUGUAUAUUUUGUGUUAAUAGUCACAAUGCUAGCAGUCAACAUUGUGUGCACUGUUAUGGUGGCUUGGGUACUGCGUAGACAUCUCAGUGACUCUGCAAAGAUCAACAACAAGAUGAAUGUAAUGCUGAUAUUUGUCAUGAACUUGGUUUUGUUUGCGAUCUGUUUCCUACCUUUGUCAAUAGGUGUAGUUACAGUUAAACCUACUGAAUUAAAGCCAUUGAUAUGUCUUAGUGCUGUGAACUGUUGUCUAGAUCCAUUCUUGUAUUACUUUUCCUUUGACGGCUUCUGGAAGAAAAAAGAAGAUGCGGAUCCGGCAAGAGAGCAGUAACCUUAGGACAUGCUAUUUCAAUGUAAUUCUAGUCACAUUAAGGUUUUCCUAUUUUCCAAAAAAGUGAUUGUGUUGCAAUGGGACAGGUAUUUUGUUCAACUGUAUUGGGUUUUUCUUUUCUUUUUUAGGUAAUUGUUUAAUAAAAUGUUUCUGAAGCUUUGAACAACAAU